AUGGAGAUAUCUGCUUUUUGGGUGGUUGGAAUCUGCUUCUUGUUGGUUGACCAUGGAGUUCACGCCUCGCAUAACACUAACAGAAACCUUCAGGCAACAUACCAGCCAUACAGAACUGCCUAUCACUUCCAACCUCCUAAAAACUGGAUGAAUGAUCCUAAUGGACCAAUGUACCAUAAGGGAUUAUACCAUCUGUUCUAUCAGUAUAAUCCGUAUGGAGCAGUAUGGGGUAACAUUACAUGGGCUCAUUCAGUAUCAUAUGACCUUGUCAAUUGGGUUCAUAUUGAUCAUGCAAUUUCUCCAUCGCAGCCCUCUGACAUCAAUGGUUGCUGGUCCGGCUCCACCACAAUCCUUCCUGGGGAAAAACCGACGAUUCUAUACACUGGAAUCGGCACUAAAAAUCGUCAGGUUCAGAACCUGGCAAUGCCUAAGAACCUGUCUGACCCUCUUCUGCGGGAAUGGAUAAAAUCACCUUAUAAUCCCUUAAUGACUCCUAUUGAUGGCAUUGACCCGGAUUUUUUUAGAGACCCAACAACUGCUUGGCAAGGCCCUGACAAGAUUUGGCGAGUUAUCGUUGGAAGUCAGAUUAAUGGUCAUGGAACAGCAAUUUUAUAUCGAAGCAAGGAUUUUGUUAACUGGACUAGAAGUGACAAUCCACUUCACUCCUCAGUAAAAACUGAGAUGUGGGAGUGUCCGGAUUUCUUUCCUGUCGGUAUUAGCAGCACAAACGGAGUUGACACCUCUUCCCAAGAUAAAUAUACCAAGCAUGUACUUAAAGCAAGCUUCAAUCAUCAUGACUACUACAUAUUGGGAAGUUAUAUGCCUGAAAAGGACAAAUUUUCAGUCGAAACUGACUUCAUGGACAGUACGGGUAUGGAUUUGCGGUAUGAUUAUGGCAAAUUUUAUGCUUCAAAGACAUUUUUCGACAGCGCUAUGAAGAGGAGAAUUUUGUGGGGAUGGAUAAAUGAGUCUGAUAGUGAAUCAGAUGACAUCAAGAAAGGCUGGUCUGGACUUCAGAGUGGCCGAUUAAAGAAAUCGAGAAACUACGGUCCAAGAACUGUGAGUUUCCAUGCUAAGAAGCUUAAGUCUGGAUCAACAAUUGAGGUCCCUGGAAUAACAGCUUCUCAGGCUGAUGUAGAAGUUUCAUUUGAGUUGCUCAAUUUAGAAGAAGCAGAGUUAAUGGACCCAAGCUGGACUGAUCCCCAGCUGCUUUGCAGUCAAAAGAAAGCUUCUGUUAGAGGCAAGCUCGGGCCAUUUGGUUUGUUGGUUUUUGCCACCAAGGACUUAACAGAGCAAACUGCAAUCUACUUCAGAAUAUUUAGAAGGAAGGACAAAUAUAUUGUGCUAAUGUGCAGUGAUCAAAGCAGGUCUUCUGUAAGAGAAGGGCUUGACAAAACCACAUAUGGAGCUUUCAUUGACAUGGAUCCUCGUCAUGAGAAUAUUACAUUGAGAAGCUUGAUUGACCACUCAAUAGUUGAGAGUUUUGGUGGUGAAGGGAGGGCUUGCAUCACUGCUAGAGUUUAUCCAAAGUUGGCAAUUCAUAAGCAAGCAUACCUAUUUGCAUUCAACCAUGGUACAUCCCAUGUCAAAAUCUCAAGGCUUAAUGCUUGGACCAUGGAGAAUGCUCAAAUUGUUUCUACCAAGAAACGAAGGAAGCCACACGUUUAG